AUGGUGGAAAAGAAGGACCUGGAAAGCGGUGACCCCGCCAUGGAAGGCAGGAAACCAAUGGAUCUGCCUACCCUGCCGAAAGCCCUUACAUACGAGGAGAAGAAAUACUUGUUAGCUGUGGAGAGGGGUGAUAUGGCUAAUGUUAGAAGGAUUCUCCAGAAAGCCCACAGGCACAAGCAUAUAGAAGUGAACUGCGUAGACUCCCUCGGUCGAGGGGCUUUGACCCUGGCCAUUGAUGGGGAGAACAUGGAGAUGGUGGAACUCCUGGUGAUCAUGGGGGUGGAAACCAAGGAUGCACUGCUGCAGGCCAUCAAUGCUGAGUUCGUGGAAGCAGUAGAACUGUUGUUGGAGCAUGAGGAGUUGAUCCACAAGCCGGGAGAGCCUUACAGCUGGCAAAAGCAAGACCCUAACACUGCCAUGUUCACGCCUGAUAUCACCCCGCUGAUGUUGGCAGCUCACAAAAAUAACUACGAGAUCAUCAAAAUCCUGCUGGACAGGGGAGCGACACUGCCUGACCCGCAUGAUGUCAGAUGCGGUUGCGACGAGUGCAUAAGGAUAUCCAGCGAGGACUCUUUACGUCAUUCCCUUGCUCGGCUUAACGCUUACAGAGCUUUGGCGUCGCCAUCAUUGAUAGCACUGUCGUCCACUGAUCCCAUACUGACUGCCUUCCAACUGUCCUGGGAACUGAGGAACUUGGCAUUUGCUGAACAGGAAAGCAAAGCCGAAUAUCUGGAAUUGCGACGUCAAGCCCAGAAAUUCGCGGUAGAUUUGCUGGACCAGUCUCGGAGUAGUCAGGAGCUGGCCAUCAUACUCAAUUAUGACCCUGAAGAACCGGCUUUUGUGGAGGGAGAACAUAUGAAGUUAGCUAGGCUUGAACUGGCUAUUGACUUUAAGCAAAAAAAGUUCGUGUCUCACCCCAACAUUCAACAACUGUUGGCAUCGAUCUGGUACGAAGGCGUGCCAGGGUUCCGUCGAAAGACCGCCAUGGAGAAGGUCAUGAUAAUCUGCCGAGUGGCUCUGUUAUUCCCGUUCUACUGCAUGCUGUACAUGGUAGCUCCAAAUUGUGCCACUGGAAAGCUGAUGAGAAAGCCGUUUAUGAAGUUCUUGAUCCAUGCGUCGAGUUAUUUGUUCUUCUUGUUGAUAUUGAUAUUGGUGUCACAAAGAGCGGAGGUGCAAGCGAUACAGCUGUUUGGUCCAGAAUGGAUGGUAAAAGAGUUGGAGAAAGAACUCCUGAAACAGAGAGGCAACGGACCCACGUAUUUGGAGGUUGUCGUCGUGGUAUACGUUAUGGGAUUCAUCUGGGAAGAAACACAAGAGAUUUUCAUCGAGGGUAUCCGAUCCUACCUCCGAAACAUGUGGAACUUCAUAGAUUUCACUCGCAAUUCUCUAUACGUUGCUGUGACUGUCUUGAGGUUCGCUGCCUAUCUCCAACAGGCUGCUGAGAUCAGGAGAGACCCACAAACGAAGUUCAUUCCCAGAGAACAGUGGGAUGCUUUUGAUCCUCAAUUGAUUGCGGAGGGGUUGUUUGCUGCAGCUAAUAUUUUUAGUGCUUUGAAGUUGGUCCACUUAUUCUCCAUCAACCCUCACCUGGGACCUCUCCAAAUCUCUCUCGGUCGCAUGGUCAUCGACAUUGUCAAGUUCUUCUUCAUUUAUAGUUUGGUACUCUUCGCUUUUGCUUGCGGUCUUAACCAGCUUCUUUGGUAUUUCGCCGAUCUGGAGAAAAAGAAAUGUUACGUGUUGCCCGGAGGUCUGCCCGAUUGGGACAAUGCCGGCGACUCUUGCAUGAAAUGGAGAAGCUUUGGAAACGUUUUCGAGGCGUCCCAGUCCCUCUUCUGGGCCUCCUUCGGCAUGGUGGGCCUGGAGAACUUCGAGCUGGCCGGCAUCAAGAGCUACACCCGCUUCUGGGGCCUACUCAUGUUCGGCUCAUACUCUGUGAUCAACGUCAUUGUCUUGCUGAAUCUACUCAUCGCUAUGAUGUCCAAUUCUUACGCUAUGAUUGAUGAACAUUCCGAUGUGGAAUGGAAGUUCGCCAGGACUCGUCUCUGGAUGAGCUACUUCGAGGAGAGUGCCACUUUGCCUCCCCCAUUUAACAUUAUGCCGACGCCCAAGCUGCUCCUCAAGGUCUUGAGGAAGAAGGAUAAAACUAGCAACGAGAAAUCCGAAGAGCAGAAAGAGAAAGAGCACGAUGUUCGUUACCUUGCGGUGAUGAGAGCCCUAGUCUGGCGGUACGUCUCAGCAAUGCAUAGGAAGAUGGACGAUGAGCCUGUGACAGAAGAUGACAUUAACGAAUUGAAGGGAGACGUGUCAGCGUUGAGAUACGAGCUGCUGGAAGUCUUCGAGAAGAACGGGAUGGACGUGUCGUUCACUGACAGGAAGGAGAAGACUGUCCUCGGCAAGCGGAUGAAAGUCUGGGAGCGUCGCUUGAUGAAGAACUUCCAGGUAGCUCCCGUAGCUGGCAUUGAUGAGGAAACUCCCGCAGACGAAGGUGGACUCUCCAAGUUCAGGAGGAUAGCGAAACUGGCCAUCGCUAGUACUACGAAUGCGAAAUGGGACCAGACAUUGGUCGGCGCUGGAGUUGCGUCACAAAUCGGCAAAUGCCGUAGCAGGGAGUCUUACAAGAACCAGCAGAACUUACAACGCGCCAUGGACGAGGCCAGGAAGUUGGUUCUAAGAUCGCCAUUGCCUGAUAGUUCCCGGGGAGCUUCACCCAUCGAGAUGCCCGUGACACCUGGUCAUACUCUGUUGGAGCUCAUCAAAGAUAUAUCAACAGAGGUCGGGGAGCCUGUCGACUUGUCUUCACCUGUACCCAAGUCACCAUGGAAACCAGGUGCCGGUGAACCGACUCUGGGCGCGUCGUUACUAUCAGCGGCACAGAGCAGAGCAGUCUCUCCAAAACCAACCAGCCCGUGUUCCUCUAAACCACCGUCAAAAGCUUCUUCACCAGCGCCCUCUAGAGGGCCAAGUCCUACGCCAAGAUCUGUCAGUCCUGUGGGAGAAGAGUCACCUCAACCAGAACCAAGUCCCUGGAAAGCAAAGCGAGUGCCGGGUGAAUCUCCACCGAAAGUCAUCAAGAGGAAGCCAUCACCACCAGAGGCAACUGCAGAACCGGACACUAAAUCGCUUGAAGAUAUAGCGGUGGCAAGACCAGUUGCUCCUGAAAUCAAGCCUGCAGAAGGUGCCAUUCCUCCACCACCGCCAGUUGUGAAACCAAAGGCACCACCGGCGCCCACCAUGGAAAUCACACCAAGUACUCCACCGGUACAUGCCGCGUCACCUCCGCCUGUGCCUGCCAAGCCACCGUCACCUCCUAAAUCAACAUCGCCAAAGCCACCAACACCACCUAAAUCAUCAUCACCAGUGCCAAAGACACCAUCUCCGACGCCAAGAUCACCAUCACCGCAGGCGUCGACUUCUGUACUGCCAGAUACUACACCACCAUCGCCGCCAAAACGGCUGUCAUCAACUUCCAGCACGGAACAGCUGAUACCACCCCCCUCGCCGCAACCCCUACGACCAGUAAAGAAGUUGGAUGAUGUGAAGACCAUAAAACGACAGCCGAAGACCGGAUGGCUGUAG